UGAACGUAAACAAUGAAUUGGGUGCCUCAGGCUGUAAAGCCGAUUUUGGGUUUGUACCCCACUGUAGCCUGGAAUAAAGCAUCGCAACAACCUCAAACAAUACAGAUGGUUCACUUCAUUUCCAGUUUUAGGCUCAGUUAAACACUGAAACGCCAUUUACAAAUGUUAUAGGCUCAGCUGGUUACUGACCUGAAUUAUCCAGAUUUGGUGACGCACACCGGCUCUCUCCACGUCCAGAACGCCAUCCAAAGCGGGGGCUUUCUACACUCCACGAUCUGAUAUCUCACGACUUCAUAAUCUCCGCGACUUCCUCUGGAGAGGAGCUGUGGAGUAAUCCCAUGAUAUGCCCGGGACAGAAUAGGUUGGCCUGAUUUGGGAACAUCUGAGGCAUGCGUUUUCAAGGACAUGAGCGGCGAUCUUGGACUUUGGCGUCCUCGACGCGAUUUUGAUCCGCGUUGGGUCCCUCAUCCAGUGCGAUAUGUUCAGCCACCCGGACCUCUUGCGUCCAACCAUAUUUACCGAUCAUUUACCACUCCUAUCCCCCAUGGAGCCGUCGAUUAUGAUGGUUACCCUACAACAACCGCGUCUCGACCGUCUUCGAGCGGUCGAGAUUACCGCAACGUUCUGGCAUCACCCCGCCGAAGCUCGCUUCCGCUGAGUCCACCCACCCGUCUUGGUCCCGCUUCCCGUCCACCCACUCCACCACCUCAGGAGGUCUUGGCGGGCUCAUGGCCACCCCCUGGCUAUGGCUACGACUCAAUACUGUCUCCUCGAGAUGCCGAUGAUCUCAUUUGCAAUGGGGCCUCCACAUUCAAGGGGUACUAUGACGAGAUUCCGAACGCACCACCGGGAAGCCGCCGGUUCUUUGCUGUCAUGGAGUCGGAGCACUACCAGCGAACUGACCGCGCCGAAACGAAUGCGGACGCUUUCAGAGAUAUCUCUUUGACGGUGACCGGGCCGGAUGAUAGUGCUUUCCCCUGGAUGUCCCUCGAGCAGCCAUGUAUGACAUAUUGUUUCGGGAAGUACCCGGGAACCACGACCUUAAACUACUAUGUUAGCGGCUAUGGUUGCACGAAUCCGACUGUGAAAGUGCAGGGACCAGUCAAGCCGAAGAAAAUGAAACUGAUUUCGAUCUUGGACCGGCUAACAAAGCUAGAGCUUGGGUUGGAGGAGGAGGAUCCGGAGAAGUUAUACUCAUAUCUCUACGGGACAUUGAUUCACGAUCCAGACAAGCGGUCCGAACCGCACAAAGACAUGCACACGCAGAUCAUUGACUUGAUUACGAUCCUGAGUCACGUCGACUGGGUUGAUUACAGCCAACUGAAGAAUCAAGUCGUUGCAAAGUUUUUUGAUAGCAUGGAUCCAGUUCGGAAACACCACUUUUUUCAUCAACUGCUCCUCUCCUCGGAGCUUUAUCUUCGUAUCCACACUCAGGGACAUACAGACAAAUCCAAGCGCCAGCUUCUGAUGCAGCUUCCCCCUAAGAUCGCGUGGGAUCUUGCCGUUGCCCAACGCUGGCUGGAAAACGUCGGGAUCAAACGCGAACAGAUUUCUUCCUCCCAAAGCACCUUUAGCUUCGAACUCCACAGUAAGAAGCGGCAAAAGGAAGCGCUCCUUCGCUUCGCGAACGUUCUCAAAUGGCCCAACAUUGGUGAAGUGCAAUACAUCCUAUCGGAAACCGAUACGGCCGAGAAGCCUGUCGAGGAUCGGUCCGCCGACGCCAUGGCGUGGUUCACCGGCGUCGUCCUCCCCGGGGUGACUCUCCCCUGGCUCCUCAUGAACAGCCUCAUUGACUGCGAUCGGGCGACCGGAGAGGCGUUGAAGUACCUGACGCAUAUGCGGCCCUUUUCCGGGUUUCAAUACCGCGCGGUCACCUACUGGAGCCACUCGUGCGUGGUGGGUAGAGUGCUUGGGGCACUUCGGGGUGUCAACACCAUUGCCGGCUGGAUCGGCCCGUGCAACUUUAGCCCGGACCUCAAGCGGACCGAAUGCGUGCAGGUUCGACAAGCACCUGUGCCGGCCGAGCUGCAGCGGAGGCUCACCACGUCGGAUUUGGACUCCAUGGUGCGACGCACGCACCCUCUGGGACCAUCUCAGGAAGGCUAUGCGGUCAAAAAUUAUGACGUGUUACUUCCGGAUUUCGAGGACGUCUCCGAUGGGAUUCGCGUGGAGAAGCUGGCCUUUGAACCGAUCCGUAAACAAGAUGUCAAUCGAGCGAAGCUCGGAGCGGAUGCACCGUUAACGUUCGAUGCGACGAUUUUGUUUGCCAUCAUGGGAAACAGUCGGCCACUGAAAUUAAAGUAUGAUGUAGAUUUUAUCGCGGCGUAUCCGUGCUAUGGAGGUCCCCAUCCUCUUUUACGAAGCUACGCCUACCGCGCAAUCAAGCCAGACGGCGACUUGCUUACUCUCGACAAGCAUCCAUCGGCCGCGUCCUGGGAUCUCCAACCGCACGACAUGCCCACCCUCACGCUCGGUCACUCUCCGCCUCAUCGACGCACUCACUCCGACCCAUACGCACGGACUGCAUCGCAGCCGGUGACGUCGACCGCACCUGUGACCGUCAUCGAAGCCCUCGGCGUAUCAGACAACGAGGUGUUCGCCCGCGCGUGGUGUGCAUCCGUCGGCGCGCAUGCUGUGGUAGCAAACACCCAUUCGACAUGUCUAGCCUGCGCAAUCCGUGAAGCACUGGCUGCAAGAGUUGGUGUGGUGAUCGUGACCAGCGGGGGAAAGAAGGCAGAGGGAAAAGGUGGGGUGGAUGGAUGAGUGAGGAACAGACUCAGUCCUAGGAGCGGACACCUUGAAUCAACCUUUCGCCUGGAUGAUGAAGUCUUGUGGACUUGGACGAUUUGGCUAGCAACAGGUCGAGAAAAUCAAGUAUCAACCGCAAGGUGGUUCCAUCACUGUUAGAGUGGAUUGGUCUGUCGCAAAAACAACCUCCGAUCAACCCACAUUCAUAACGUCAAAGAUCAAUCUUACCUUAAACUCUAUCAAACUAACAAGGUAGCUAAUACCUUAACUAUGUAUUAUACGCGACACGCGUAGUAUAGAUCCUUGCCUAGGACCAGCUAGCAUAGAAACAGAGAUUCUUCAUAAAUAUGACU